AUGGUUGGUGAAAGUGGAAAGCCAAGGGCAGUGAUUGUUGGUGGUAGCAUAGCUGGGAUAUCAGGGGCUCAUGCUCUUACCUUAGCUGGUUGGGAUGUGCUUGUGCUUGAGAAAACGGAUACACCUCCAACUGGAAGUUCCACUGGUGCAGGCCUCGGACUUGACCCUUUGUCCCAACUAAUCAUUGAGUCAUGGCUUCCACAGCCACAAUUCCUCCACAACAUUACUGUACCUUUAGCUAUAGAUCAGAACCAGGCAACUGAUAGUGAGAAGAAGGUUAGUUGGACAUUGGUAAGAAAUGAGAGUUUCAACUUCAGAGCCGCGCACUGGGCUGAUCUUCAUGGCCUUCUGUACAAUGCACUUCCACCAAGGAUAUUUUUAUGGGGUCACCUUUUUCUCUCUUUCCAAGUUGCAGAUGAUAAGGAUUCUGUCAAAGUUAAGGCUAAAGUACUAGAAACUGGGAAGGUUAUAGAGAUAGUAGGGGACUUGCUUGUUGCAGCAGAUGGAUGUCUCUCUUCCAUCCGCCAGAAGUAUCUCCCUGAUUUUAAACUGAGAUAUUCAGGCUAUUGUGCCUGGAGAGGGGUCUUUGAUUUUUCAGAAACUGGGACUUUAGAAACCAUCAUGGCCAUACAAAAGGCAUACCCUGAUUUAGGAAAAUGCCUGUACUCUGUCUUGGGCUCAUGUACACAUAGUGGGUUCUAUGAGCUUCUAAACAAAAAGCUCAAUUGGAUUUGGUAUGUGAAUCAGCCAGAGCCUGAAGUUGAGGGAACCUCGGUGACCAUGAAAGUAAGUAGUGACAUGAUCCAAAAGAUGCACCAAGAAGCAGAAAAAGUUUGGAUUCCAGAGCUGGUAAAGGUCAUAAAAGAAACAAAGGACCCAUUCUUAAAUGUCAUAUAUGAUAGUGAUCCCAUAGGGAAGAUCUUUUGGGAUAACGUGGUGUUGGUGGGAGAUGCAGCUCACCCCACAACUCCUCACUGCAUUAGAAGCACAAACAUGUCAAUAUUAGAUGCAGCAGUAUUGGGAAAAUGCUUGGAGAAGUGGGGAGCAGAAAAACUAGAAUCAGCUUUGCAAGAAUAUCAGCUCAUAAGGCAACCAGUAACUUCUAAGCAAGUUCUUCAUGCAAGGCUUGUGGGCCGCAUAAAACAAGGUCUGGUUCUCUCUGAUCAAGAACCUUUUAACCCAAAAUCAGCCAAGCCUGAGGAUUGUGAGAAGCUUCUACAGAGGAACACUCCUUUUUAUAAUGAUGUGCCUUUGCUACUUGCUUCAAGUCCACCCUCCAUUUGA